CGUCAGCCCCCUUGUCACGUGGAGAACACCCCGGAGCUGUUCGGUGGCUUUCUUGCUGUUUGGAAACCUUUUCCUCUACUGAAACUCUUCUUGUAGAUCCACAGGCCAGUCCCCCCGGGGACUGAAGAGUGAGGAUUGUGACGACACCAUCAGCUCUUUGGUCUUCAAGGGGCCAGGACAGGGAGGAAGUGUGAAAUAUGGGUUUUCGAAGAAGAUUAAUCUAUCCGCCUAUACCAAUAUGCAAUAUAGAAUCUUCUGAGUCCAGUGAUGAGGAACCUGAAAAAAUGGAACCAUCAACUCAAAACCUGGAUUCUUCACCUGCUCCAGAGAGAAUGGAUGAGGGAGCAUCUGCAGCUCAAGGCCCGGAGCCUGAAACUGAUAGCCAGGAACUGGUUGAGCCAAUGACUGAGUGUGAGCAUGGAGAUGGUCCUGAUGUCCAGGAGAUGUGCCUGCCAAAUCCAGAGUGGGUGAAACUGCCCCAAGAAGGGCUGGAGCCUGAAGCCAAUAGCCAGGAACAGGUUCAGCCGAUGCCUGGGUGUGAGCCUGGAGAUGGUCCUGCUGUUAAGAAGAUCCGCCUGCAAAAUCCAUAGCAGGUGAAACUGCCAGAAGAAGGUGAAGGGCAAUCACAGCAUUAAAAGGAGACAUGCUGAAAUGAUGCAUUCUGCUUCUAUGUUGGAAAUUUGUUAAUUGAAGUUCUCCCAAUAAAGCGUUAC